AUGGACGUGUCGGCUCACAGCCUGUUCCUCCUGCAGCAGCUCAACGUGCAGCGGGAGUUUGGCUUCCUGUGCGACUGCACCGUGGCCAUCGGCAACGUCUACUUCAAGGCUCACCGCGCCGUGCUCGCCGCCUUCUCCAACUACUUCAAGAUGAUCUUCAUCCACCAGUCCAGUGAGUGUAUUAAGAUCCAGCCCACAGACAUCCAGCCAGAUGUCUUCAGCUACCUGCUGCACAUCAUGUACACCGGCAUGUGUCCCAAGCAGCCGGUGGACCAGGGCCGCCUGCAGGAGGGCAUCAAGUUCCUCCACGCCUACCAGCUCUGCCGCAAGCCCGGCGAGGCCGCCGUCGACGUGGCCGCCGACGUGGUCCGCAUGUCCAACCUGUAUGGCAUCCAGAUCUCCUCCCAGCUGGCCAACAAGGAAGGGCCCGGCGUCCCCAAGAGCACCGCGGUGUCCCGGGGAGCGCCGGAGGACGGGCGCUCGUCCAGCCGCGUGGGCCGCUCCCACGCUCAGCUGUCCCUGGCCGUAGGGCUGGAGGGCGUCCCGUCCGAGCGCCAGGCGUCGGCGCUCCGCAACGUCUCCUCUGUGGCGUCUGGAGACGACUCGGACAUUUCCGCCCGCAUCAAGCAGGAGCGAGUGGAGGAGGACGAAGGGGAGGACGGGGAGGGAGAGGAGGGCCAGGGGGUCGGCUCGCCGUCGCCGGCCCAGGGCAGCAGCCCCUGCCAAGGCCUCCUGUUCAAGGACAGCCCGCUAGCGCUGCUGUGCCCCCGCUGCGGCGAGCGCUGCUCGUCCCCCGAGGGGCUGCGGGAGCACCUGUUCAGCCACGCCCUCGACCCCGGGAGGCUGAUGGAGGGGCUGUCGCAGGCCGGCGAGCUGGAUGCCGGCGUGGAGGAGGGCCAGCGAGGGUCUCAGGAGCAGCUGGACGCAGGAUGUCUGGAGGAGGCGCUCAGACAGAGCCAGGCGCUCGCCAACCAGCUGGCCGCCGAGCUGAGGAGGAGCAGAGGAGGAGGAGGUGGCGGAGGAGGAGGAGGAGGUACGAGCCCGACCACCGCUGUCCUGCACUCACGGAAACGUAAGAUCGCCUGCGCCGUCUGCAGCCUGCGCUUCUCCCAUAAGAGCCAGCUGCAGGAACACAUGUACACCCACACGGGCAAGCCGUCGCGAUAUCACCGCUACAACCGACUCUGCAGCCAGCUCCUCCACGCCUCCGCACACUUCUGUGAAGGGCCUCCGGAGGGGGGAGGAGGGGGAGGAGCGGGAGGCGUGGGGGCCUCGGCCGGGGCCGCGGCGCUGCUGGAGGAGGCGAACAGGGACACUCAGGACAACGGGAGCUCCUGCUACUCCCUAGACUCAGAGAUCUCCCAGGAGAGCGUGGACGGCGUGCCUGUGGAGUGACCGCUAACCCGCCUUUUACACCAAAAGACACGAACCGCUACAACUGACCGAUUCACUCCAACACAACCUAGUUAGUGUGACCAUGCUGGUGGUUUUGUUUGCUGGUAGGUGAUAAAACACGUUUUCCCAUAAAGUAGUCCCCUGGAAACGAACUCCACGGAAUAUUUUUCAGUGUUGCCAAACUUCGUAUUCGUUUAGAUUUCGUCUCUAGUGUUGUUGCUCACACCUCCCUUUAUUUCUGCCAUCCCUCCUCUCUCUGCUGGUAGCUGAUAUCCUGUGUUGUUGUACCACUGUGUAGAUGUGUGUGUGUGUGUGUGCGUGUGUGUGUGUGUGUGUGUGUGUGUGUGUGUGUUCUUUUUAAAAUCAGUCAUGUGAGAGUUCAUAGUGUAGAGACCUGGUUCUCAGCCUGGACGCUCGAUGAUCUUCUGGUGGGUGCUCUUUGGGUGGAUUUGUGGAAUGUAACAAAAAAGAUUUUUAAUUGAUAAUUUAUUGUCAUGUGUUUAUUCUUGAUGAUGAAUGCCUUUUUUCCUUUUAGAGAACAGGCCUCUGGGUCUAAUUAGAACAUAAAGGAGCAUGCAAGGGGGGGGGGGUUUGCUUGGUGCCAAAAGUCACCGUGCUGCACUUUUCAUGAACGAGGAGCUUUUGAGUUCUGGGGCAUCAGGGGCUGCAGGGGGUUGAGAACCACAGGUGUGGAGAACCACAGGUGUGGAGAACCACAGGUGUGGAGAACCACAGGUGUGGAGCAGAGUCUUCCUUCUGUGAAUGUCUUUUGUCUCGAUGAAACACUUUGUGAUCGCAGCUGAGAAAGGACGAGCUUCUGAGUUACUGACCAUCACCACAUUUUGGAGGAUGGCUAAUGUUUAGUGCCGAUCGAUGGAGAAUCUACAGACAAUCUACAGACAAUCUAUAGACGAUCUAUAGAGAAUCCAUAGACAGUCUAAAGAAAAUCUAUGGAUAAUCACAAUCUGUGUCUAGACAAUCUAUAGACAAUCUAUGGAGAAUCUUUAGAUAAUCUGUAGACAGUCUGUGGAGCAGUAAAAAGGUCCUCUGUUCCCACCUGGUUUUAACGAGUCCUGAGAAAUCCAAACUCAAGCUGACGGCUCUCAGUUCAGGUGUGCAGCAGCAGCAAUGCAUCCUGGGUGACCGGAUCUCAGGACGCAUGCGGAGGAGGCUUUAGACCGCAUCGCAUUACAGGUGUACAGGUGACCCAGGACGGACUGAAGGCCCGCCCACUCACCUGCCGUCCUCCAGCUUCAGCUGUGGUCCGGCCCGACGCCCCGACACAGAGGAACUCUCCUGUGUGACCCUCAGCAGCUGGACUGUCAGCUGAUGAUCAGAUCAGUGAAGAGCAGCUCGGCUGGAAAGAGCUUGAAUGGACAGCAGCAUUGAGAUCUGAUCACAGGUGUGCAGGUGAGACGCAGGUUAAGGCCAGGUGUGUCGGGACAGACUGACAGCUGUCCGCUGGUGUUCAGGUUUCUCUGGACGGUUGUUAACACCAGGUGGCGGCGGUGUGGCCCGGGUCGCAAAUGUCUGACGUCCUGAUCAGAGUUGGCAAAGCGAAACUGUCCAAGUGGCAAGAAAGCCGGCGCCCCGCCCUCCAGGUGAGCUGGAGCCCCGCCCUCCAGGCGAGCCGGAGCCCCGCCCUCCAGGCGAGCC